AUGGAAAAACACAAAGAACAAACUGUUUUUGAACGUGGAAUGAUAAUUGGACUUCACAAGGGUAAUAAUCAUGAAGCUAAAGGUCUUACAGACAUUCCUCCUCAUUCAGGAAGACCACCACUUUUGAAUAAACAUGAAAGUUAA